GCUGCUCCGCAACGUCGCUUGUCGUCGCUGCCAUCGUUUAACGAAACAUACAAUUUUCACUUCGUUCUCGGUCAAUCGCUCGCUGUCAAUUUAGUGUAAAGCGUGUAUGACGAUGUUCGAAAAAAAUCUGUGAAAAAGUGUAGCAAUGUGGAAAAAUUCUACUUGAAAUAAAUAAAAAAAAAUUAUUUCAUUGAAAAUUAAAAGCGCUGAAAAACAACGGUAACGCAGCAAAUGUGCCGAAAAUGCUGUCAGCAACGGUUUGACAGCAAAAAUUUUGAAAGGAAAUAUUCAAAUAAAAAUAUAUAAAACCAGUUUGUGCAGUUAAGUGAAUAAUUUACAUUAAAUGCUCUUUAAACACACGAAAAAACAACAACAAAGUGCGACAUGUGAGUGAUGCUUGACAACGUUUUGAACCCCCAAAAGUGUUUGCUAUAAACCCAGAUCUCCCAUAACUCACCAAAACAACAAAAGCAACUAUUUAAAGCACAAAAAUAGAAGAAAAACAUAAAAUUAAUCAAAUAAAGUCAAGCAAAUCAGCAAAAAACAAAUAGUGUAGUGUGCUUUUAGGCGUCGAAAGAGAAUUGCAUGCAAUCUGCUUGCAUUUAAUUCGUGCCCACGCAUUGUAUAUAUAUAUAUAUCUGUUGUAUUGUGAUUUCGGCCGCUCACGGCCGAUUUAAACGACCUUCAAAACGUUUUGCGUGGAAGCAAUACGCACGAUGGGCUGCGCACAGUCUGCCGAGGAGAGGGCCGCAGCCGCCAGAAGUCGCCUGAUUGAAAGGAAUCUCAAAGAGGAUGGCAUACAGGCAGCCAAAGAUAUCAAACUACUGCUACUGGGUGCUGGUGAAUCGGGUAAAAGCACAAUUGUCAAACAAAUGAAAAUUAUCCACGAAAGCGGGUUCACCCCAGAGGAUUUCAAACAAUAUCGGCCGGUUGUCUACAGCAACACAAUACAAUCAUUAGUUGCAAUACUUAGAGCGAUGCCAAUACUCGGUAUUGCGUAUCACAAUAAUGAACGGGAGAAUGAUGCAAAAAUGGUAUUUGAUGUUUGCCAACGCAUGCACGACACGGAACCAUUCUCAGAGGAGCUUUUGGCUGCCAUGAAACGAUUGUGGCAGGAAGUUGGCGUUCAAGAGUGCUUCUCACGUAGCAACGAAUAUCAAUUGAAUGAUUCAGCUAAAUAUUUCCUCGACGAUUUGGAUCGGUUAGGUGCCAAGGAUUAUCAACCGACCGAACAGGAUAUUCUACGCACGCGUGUCAAGACGACCGGUAUUGUUGAAGUGCAUUUCUCAUUUAAAAAUCUCAAUUUCAAACUAUUUGACGUUGGCGGUCAGCGUUCGGAGCGAAAGAAGUGGAUCCAUUGCUUCGAAGAUGUGACAGCGAUCAUUUUCUGUGUCGCCAUGUCUGAAUAUGAUCAGGUGUUGCAUGAGGACGAGACUACGAAUCGUAUGCAAGAGUCAUUGAAACUCUUCGAUUCAAUUUGCAACAACAAAUGGUUCACCGAUACAUCCAUCAUUUUGUUCUUAAAUAAGAAGGAUUUGUUUGAGGAGAAGAUUCGCAAGAGUCCAUUGACAAUCUGCUUCCCUGAAUAUACAGGAGGUCAAGAAUACAGCGAAGCUGCUGCUUACAUUCAAGCUCAAUUCGAAGCGAAAAACAAAUCAACCUCAAAGGAAAUCUACUGCCACAUGACGUGCGCCACAGAUACAAAUAAUAUACAGUUUGUUUUCGAUGCUGUUACCGAUGUCAUUAUUGCCAACAAUCUGCGCGGCUGCGGUUUGUAUUAAGCAGAAACAACAACUAAAACAACAUCAGCAGUUAAGUCCAGCGCAGCAAACGAACCAAGCAACGCAUGGCGAAAAAUCAUUGUCGGACUCCAUCACUCCCGCUUCAGUUACAACAACUACAAUUAUGAUAACAACAACAAUAAUUAUGAUAACAACAACAAUUAUGUUAACAUAACAACAAAUGGCACGAGUGCAGCCAGCACUAAAGCGACUACUAAAAAAUUUUCAGCAGCAAAUGUCAUUCGAAUAUUCGAACAUUUUUGAAAACUAAGAGAAGUAACCUCAACUACUGAGCUCAUGUCAGUGAUAAUGACAGAUUUGUGUAUUUUUGCCGAAUACAAUGUGCUGG